AUGCCUGCUCCGCUUACCCGAGAAGAAGACAGCCCCAGACUUAUAACCCCCCAAAAUGAAGCGAAAAGGAACCACACCAUCGUUGAGCUUCCAAUGCCGCGGUUGCUCGGUGAGGAAAGAAAAUUAAUAAUUCGAAAGAACUCUUCCUCCCCGAAAGCCUUAGACGAGAAAUAUUUUCCAUCAUUUAAUGCGCGGAAGCACACACCAAAAUCGGCUAAGAAAUCAAAGCAAACCACAUUUCAUGCUGAAAAAAUAAGCAACCAUUGCAUUGGCGAGCCUCACCAUGGCCAUAAACACCACCACAAACAUGAAUACCACCAUCGACCCAGUCACCAUGACAACAAUGACGUGGCUCGCUGUACGGAUCACACGUGCGGUGACCGUGACGAGGAUUUCGAUUCGUCUUUGGACCACGCAGAUGAGUUAAAUUUCGUAGUGGAAGCGAAAGGUGGCAUGAUCAUUCUUGAAGCACCACUUCAAACCACCAAACUUCGAGUACAGAAUAUAUGUUGCCCAAAAGAAGCCCGUAUCGUUCAAGAGGAAUUAGGUAAGUCAGUGUCGGUGGUUUGGUUAUAUACGUAACAAUCUCGCAACUUGUCAACAAGAUGUGUUCCCAACAGGCUUGUAGCAAGCUUGUCGACAAGUUGUAAAAAUGCUGUUAUUUUAUCAAGUUGCUACAAGGUUGUCACUCACAACUUGUUGACAAAUUGUUGAAUUGCAGGACGAUAACAAGUUGCUGAAACAACUUGUAACAAGUCUGCUGAGCUCAACAACCUUGUAGCAAGUUGUCAACAAGCCGUUGAGAACUUGUCAACAAGCUGGGAACAAGCAGUGCGAACACAUCCUGUUAACAAGUUGUUGGAACAGCAUUGCUACAAGUCUGCUGCAGGUUUGUUACAACUUGUGCGUUUUUACGUGUGUAGCUGAGAUCUCACCUUGCACGAGGUGGGGACACAGUAAAGUGGGAUAAAAUUUUCAAUAUGAAAGCUUUAUCACACCCGACCGGAAUGGACAUUUUUGCCGAUCUUGAUCUAUAAUAUAGUAUUAAUGCAAUGUAUACACUGAACAGAUCCUUAAAGUACAUAUCUGUCAUAUCACACAAAACUGUUUAUUGUCUUAAAGGAAAGAACUCUCUUAACCGCAGAUUAACUUCUUUAUAGAUGUCUAUUUCCAUGUUUCCAAAUUUCUUUCUUCUUUUCAGGCAAGUUACCGGGAAUUAACAAAAUACGGGUUAACGUCCUGGGCCGUGUGGCCUACGUGUCCCACGACCAGGAGAAAGUCACACCCCCCGAGCUGCUGGAGACUUUGAACAAGCGUCACCUGGGGGCGUCCAUUGUCGAUGCAGGAGCGGAAGAGGAAGACGAAGAUGGUUUUCCGAGGGAACUCAAAUUCCUUCUUGCAGCCCUGGUCGUACAAACUGUCUUAUUUGGGAUCGCACUGUCCGCCAUGCUCUCACAUGCGUCUUGGUAUCUUUGGGUUUCUAUUGUUCAAAUAUUUCUCGGAAUGCUACCGGUUUUGAAGACGAGCGCACGCGCAGUCCGCAAUCUGCAGAUCGAUUUUAAUGUUCUCAUUACGAUUACCGUAAUCGGGACGCUGGUCAUUCAGCAAUGGAUCGAAGGCGGCGCUGUGGUGUUUAUCUAUAUCCUGGCUAACUUCCUACAGCAGUUUUGUUAUUAUCAAGUGCACAAGACUAUCUCGAGUCUCAUGCUCUCGAAACCUUCCAAAGCCGUCUUGGCGUGCACCGGAGAACUG